AUGCUGAUCGAUGAUGAUGAUCGAUCGAUGAUCAUUCGAAGUGAAUUCAACCAGAUGAGAGCCGCACGUGAUUUGCCAGCGCACACAUCUCGUGAGAGUCUUGAAGCUUCAAUAUUGUUUCUAGAUGGCGACACUGCGGAGACGAGCAGCGAGUUGUGUAUGUCGGACGAGAAUCUCGAAGGCUAUUCGACACCCACUGGAAGCUCGCCACAACUGGAUUCCAACCGGACGCCAUCUCGCGAUCGCCACCACAUUUUGAAUCGCCUCAAUCGAACAAAGAACGAUACUUCCUCGAUGGUUUGA